AUGGAUAUAGAAAGUGCUUUGAAUGCAUCGACACAUCAUUUACAUCCACAACACGACGAUUAUGACUAUUUCGACGAUAGCUAUAAUAACUUUAACUUUUCGGCCGUCAACUAUACGGACGCCACACAUACAAUAUGGGUCCGCAAACCCGUAUGGGAAGUGUUCAUCAAAACAAUGGCUGUCCUACCGAUUAUGACUAUCGGUAUAUUUGGCAAUUUAGCCAUUGUUUGUCUAAUUUUAAGAUUAAAGUCAUUACGUAAAUCGCAUAUCAAUUUAUUUAUUUUAAAUAUGGCACUGGCUGAUUUAUUAACAACAUUAUUUUGUCCAUGGAUGGGACUGGUAGACAAUGUUUAUCAAAACUAUGAAUUGGGACCAGUGUUUUGUAAAUUAGAGGGAUUUUUAAAAAUGUUAUGCCUAUUGGCGAGUGUAUUAUCAUUGGUGACGGUAUCAUUUGAUCGAUUCAUUGCAAUUGUUUUCCCAUUUAAACGCCAUCUGAACCGUAAAGUUUCAUAUUUAAUAAUAUUUGCCAUUUGGGCCAUUGCUAUUAUACUGUCCAGUCCACUAGCAUUUUGGCGAUCCUAUCGCCAGAGACAGUGGUUAGAUUAUCUGGAGAAAUGGUGUCCCGAGGAUAACGUAGAGACCACCAAAUUUUAUUGGCUGUUCCUAAUGCUGCCACUCGUAUAUCUGCCACUGUUUGUAAUGAUAGUCGUCUAUUCAGUGAUUAUCAGACAUAUGGAUAAAUAUGAGAAAACCAUAUCAAUAAACGAGACACCCGUCCGCAUAAAACAUAGCCAAACAUUAAUCAAAAUGUUGUUCCUAUAUAUACUGACAACUAUUAUAUGUUGGUUUCCAUUGCAAGCGGUUGUCUUCUACCGGCGCUUUAAAUCACCCGUUACUGAACUACCUUUUUGGUAUCUGGAUUGUUGUUUUUUAGCACAAUUGUUUGCAUCGGCCAACUCAGCCAUGAAUCCAAUCAUUACAUUUCGCAAAAGUUUUGCCCAUUUGUUGCCAAAAUUAAUAUCACCGAAGAAAACGACAGCUCAGCGAAUGGUACCAAUGGAUGUAGCGAUCAUACAGUGUCAGCUGGAUAUGGCUCAUCCAUCACUGGCAACGGCCAGUGCCGAAAAACAACGACAACUAAUGUUAGCCAAUAUUAGUAACGGUUUGAAUACAAAUACAACAAGUUUUACGAAACAAAUUCUUAUGAAAAGAGUGCCACAAAUAUUCUUAAGAGACGACACUUAA